UUGACCCAUUUACAAUUCGCUGUAACAGCAAUCGUGCAACGCAUCCCCAUUUUGCUUCAAAGCGAUCCUUAUACACUAAGUGAUUUUCAAUUCUACCUUCAAGACGCCAAGGAUGUUGGAAUAUGGAAGCGUUAUAAUUUCCUGGAAGAUCUGAUGUCUCAAUAUCCUGUACAAAAUGAUAAGAAAGGUGUUCAACCUUUGUGCUUCUUUGUGCUCCCGAUAACUAUGAGAGGACGAGAUAGAGCAGCAGACAUGCCUCGCUUGACUUAA